AUGACCAAGUCACUGGCCCAGCUGAAUCAUAGGCUAUGCCGCAUCAAGAAACCUUGUUAUGGAGACGCGCUCAUCGUUGCUGUCGGCGAAGCAGAUGCAAUUAUGCGGAGUCUUCCAUUUCCAGCAGCUGCUACCUUCGACAACGAAGUACCAAGUGAACAUGGAACGCCGUUCAGUCCUGCUACCGAUAUUCCUAUCGAUCCUGCCCUCGCCGGUCCACCACUCAUAGACCCAGCUAUCAUGGGCGACGAAGCCGUUCAAUUAAUUGUUUCGGAGCAGGGCCAACCCGUCCAUAUUCCAGAGGAUUUCAUUCCGCCACACCCUCGACACUACUCUCAGGAGCCUUCGCAAUAUGACCAAGGUCCCCGUGGCGAUCCAUUUGCGCCUCAACCUCCUGCACCUUAUCUGCAUAUUCCAGAAGAAAUCGUUCCACUACCUCCAAAACCGCCCAAGAGAAAGCGAAAACCCCGUCGAGAACUCGAGUGCGGCUUUUGUCAGGGGGAUGACAAGAAGAACAAGCAGGGUGAACCGGAGGUCAUGCUCACUUGCGAAGAAUGCGGUCGCAGUGGACAUCCGAGCUGCUUGCAACUUGGUGCCAUCGCAGACACUAUAUGCUCAUAUCCUUGGAAGUGCAUGGAAUGUAAAACUUGCGAAAUUUGUCAAGAAAAAGGUGAUGAUGAGAGAAUUCUACUAUGCGACUUUUGCGAUCGAGGGUGGCAUAUGGAUUGUUUGCGACCUCCAUUGGAAGAAAUGCCCCCCGGAACAUGGCACUGCCCAAUGUGCCCCCCAUCACUCUUUCCUUUGGAGUCCGAAGUCGCAUCCACCCCAAAUACCGAUGCCCAAGACACAGACGAGGCAACUGCUGAGCCGGAAGUGGACGUUGAAGGUGACGAUGGUGACGACGAUUCAUCUGAAGACUCUUCGGAGUCUGACUCUGAAUCUGACGACACCAAUACUGUCCAAGCACCAACACCCCGUCAGCGACCCAACAUAAAGAAGCCGCGAAAGCGCCGAAUCGAACAGCCGACCCCACGGCCCCUCAAGCGCAUCCGCCUGCGCUCCCCCGCAGCACAUCCACUCGUUGUGCGCCUGCGAAUACCUCCGAAGGGUAAGGGCAAGGAGCGAGAAGAGGACCCCGACAGAAAUAUCUUCGAGGAUCUUCUCAGCCCUGCUGAUAGGGACAUGUCAAAGACAGGGAUUGCGGAUUCUGACAGAGCACGAUUUGAUAAAAGUUGCCUUGCCGCUGAGGAAAAACUCGCACCUCCACCUCCGUCAGCACCGCCAGCUGACACACCUGAUCCUCCGAUAGCCGGCCCUUCAUCUCGUCCCCUACGGUCUCACACUCUCCAACAAUUAACCAUACCUCCCUCGAUACCGACGCGUUCGCCAGGGCCUUCUACACCUGGUGCGAUUCCGCACACACCUUCUACUAUACCUGCCACCCCGUCGGGUUUCCCAGUGCCUUCUGCCACGUUACGUAUCCGGACCAUUCGCUUCGGGCAGUACGACAUCCACCCAUGGUAUGAUGCUCCCUUUCCUGAAGAGUUCUCGAACAUUCCGGAUGGACGACUGUGGUUUUGUGAAUUUUGCCUCAAAUAUAUGAGAAGUGGUUUUGCUUUUGGUCGACAUCGCAUGAAAUGCAAAGCACGACAUCCACCAGGCGAUGAGAUUUAUCGCGAUGGUGCAAUGUCUAUCUUCGAAGUGGAUGGGCGCAAGAACAAAAUAUACUGCCAAAAUCUUUGCUUACUGUCGAAGAUGUUCCUAGAUCACAAGUCGCUCUUCUACGACGUCGAACCAUUCUUGUUCUACGUUAUCACGGAGACUGAUGACGUUGGUGCGCGUUUCGUGGGGUACUUCAGCAAGGAGAAGUGUUCUCCGAAGGAUUACAACGUUAGUUGUAUCAUGGCGCUGCCUGUCAGGCAGAGACAGGGAUGGGGAAAUUUCUUGAUCGACUUUAGUUACCUUCUCUCCAAGAAGGAACAGCGCGCCGGGUCACCUGAGAAACCACUCUCAGGGCUUGGUCAACUAGGGUACAGGAAUUACUGGACCCUUGCACUCAUGCGGUACCUUCAUACAUCACCGGAUAACCCGACCCUUGAAGCUAUCAGCAAGGGUACAUCUAUGACCAUUGAAGAUAUUUAUAAUACCCUCCAGGACCAGGGAAUGAUCUCUGUCCAAUCUGCCACACCGCCUAUGAGACCUACACCAGGACAAGCCAUCAAAUUCCCGCGAGGGCGCAAGAACGGCAUUGCGCGCCGUCACCUUCAGCGGCAGAGCACGCUCAACAAGGAGGACGAGGCCGGAAGCAAGGCCAAUACGCCCUUCGUUCCCCCUACGCGAUACCAAAUCACCUGGGAUCCCGAGAAGGUGGAACGCUACCUUGAAGCGUGGGAGAAGAAAGGGUACAUGAAGCUGAAACCGGAACGGUUGAAGUGGACGCCGUUUGUCCUGGCACGGACGAAAGCUGGUGGAGAAGUUCUGCAAGCGGAGCUGGGUGCCGGCAUGGGUGCCUUGAGCGGCGUUGCAGAAACACCAGCUCCUGUCGCUGAUCCGAUGGAGGAUCAGACUCCGGCCCCUGGAACUGCAGAGCCCUCCGUUAAUGAGUCUGAGGCAUCGCCUGCUGAAACCCAUGAAGCCUCAGACUCUCCUGCAGCGCGCCUGUUUGAUGACCUCAUAGCCGAUAACCCUGAAGCUCUUGCACCAAAGAAGCAGUUGCGAAGUCGCGUAAAAGGAGGCGAGGUGCCUCGAUCCGUCUUCUCGCGAACGCAGUCGAGUCGCAACACGAUCACACGCACUGCCCUCCAGCGACAUGCACGUUCUGCAUCGGCUCGCCCUAUCACUGGCAUCGAUGGUGCGGUGAACGGUGCUGCCAUCGAAACUGAUGAAGAUACUGCUCCGCUGCUGGUAGAACAAUCGAGUCCUGAUAUUCCUGCCAAACGGCGGCGAGGACGUGCAUGGAUCAAGCCACCAGAUGAUGCGUUGUCGGCAGUAUCCGAGUCCGGGCGGAUGACUGCUUCGCUGUCACCCUCAAGACCCUUGACUCGAGUCAAACGCAGGAGGAUAGAGACGCCUGAAUCAGAAGCCUCUUCGGAGCGUUUGGAAGACCAUGCUGAGCCGCCUGAUGGUCCUACCCACUCCAACGGUCGCAUUACCCCUACCAAUGGAGUUGAUGAGAAGGAGGAUGUUCAAGUCUCUCACCAUUCGCCCGGAUCAUCUGGUCCCAUCAACAAUGGUGCUCAUUCUCUUCGGGUGGAGACAACCUCGUCAAUGUCAGAAUUAGAUACACGAUCUUCACCUGCUCGGUCGCAACCACCGGAUGACGAGAUUAAGUCGGAGGAGGCGGAUACGCCUCUCACCGGCAUAACCAGUCGGCACAGCGUACCAAGCGACGACACAUUGUUUGUAGUGGAGACUACAAGCGGGGUAGGAAGUAAGGACUCUGCAGGCUCUGAUAUCAUCAGGGCCGCGCACUCGCCUAUUUCUCAAACUACCGGGAGGGAAAGUGCUGGUCAAGACUCAGUGCCCAGUGGUUCCGCUGCAGGUCUAUCUAACGAUCUCGAUCAAUAUUCUGAUCUGGAUGCUGAGGGCGAGCCAGACGACGAGUAUAUCAUGACCAUUAGUCGUAUUGCUACACUGUUUGCGAACUGGCACAAGGCGAAUUGUUGUGUGACCGGUUGUUUGGCGGCGACUUUAGAACCAAACAGCCCGCCCUUUUCUCAAGCCGAGCCACAGCGCAAGCGCGAGCGGUUCACGCCGGUUCAUUGUGGUUCACAGCCUGACCUAUGGAAACUCACAGCGACCCAAGCAUGGCUUUUGGACAUCUUCAGCGAGACCCAAACCUGCCGACUAAUGUCAGCAAUGUCUCGUGGGCGUCCUCCAUUCCAUGAUGGCGGAGGAUACAGACUUUCUGAUUCACCGCCAACAAUCAUGGAUCCGAAUUGUGCUCCACGAUCUGCCCAGCCGAUAGCCGGCCCUUCUCAUUCUUCGCCCAUUCACGAGUUCUCAGGGACUCCCAGCCAACGAAACUCCAGACGACGAGAGGGGGACGACAUCGGUGACCCCUUUGACACCGACGCUGUGCACGGUUCCAAACACUGGACUGAGGAUGAGAAGACGAAAUUAUUCAAUUGGCUCAUGGGCGCGACGGAAGAUGACCACUGGAAUGCGCUUCGAGCUACAAAAAACUCGUGUCUUCGCGAGUGUGCCAUCGAGGUAUUUGGCGGCAAGAAGACUUACCAGGCGCUGAAGGGCUGUUACGAACGAAAUUUCAAUUUAUUUAAGCAGAUCUAUGCAUUCGAGAGUUUCCAUGCGCAGUUGGGGAAUGGUCUUGUCAGCUUUGCGACUGAAGGAGACAGGUUGCGAGAAUAUGAACGGCGACUGCAAAUUGCUCGCAAAGGUGGCUGCGACGUCGGUAACGUGGGUGCCAAGACGAUUGACCACUGGCAUAAGUCAGGCUGGUACGAUUUGUUCUAUAGAAGAUGGAACGGCGAUCCCGCCACUACACGACCCGCAAACCGCCAGAAUAACAACCCAGGGGCAACAAAUUCCCAUGGCGGUGAAGAUGAUGAUGACGAUCCGUUGGAAAUAAUAGAACCGACUCCAAUUCUUCAACCUCAAAUUCAACCUCAGAGCACACCGUCUCAUCCUUACCCUCAAGUUCAGCAACCGCAAGUUCAAUCACAAUCACGCCCUCCUACUUUCGUUUUCACACCACAAUCCUCCAUUGCAAAUAAAACUAAUGCCCAUGAGCUUCUGCUUUUGCAAGCGCAGGUUCAGCAUAGCAAACUGAAGUUGGAAUACCUGAGGAGACGAGAGGAAAGGGAAGAUAGAGACAGUGCUACUCGUAGAGAUACCGAGCGUGCUCGACUGGAAAGAGAAGCUGCCGAGUGGGAGCACACAAAGGAGACAGCUAAUGUCAAGCACAGAGCCCAACUCGCAACGGAUGUAUUGGCGAAUCCGGUGGUAGAUGGCUCUUCUAGGAAGAACAAUAUGAACAAGUACUAUUAUUACUGGAUCGUAAAAUGCUCCGACACUGACCUACCGCUCGUAAUAUUCACUACUCGCUGA